CUCUUUAACCAGAAAUCAGGAAAAAAUUCAGCUUCUCGGUAAGCUUUGCUUUGCUGCCACUACCAUCGCCAAUCAUGCGGCCGCUCUACCUCUCUUGCUGUUCCUCAUCUUCUCGCUACCUUUCCCCGAUUACAUUCUUCUCUUCUUCUUCUUCUUCCUCCCUUCUCGCCAAACCAAUCCUCCCGACUUUCCGGACCAAUCCCGGAUUCAAAUUCACUCAAUCAAGAUCCCGUCUUUCGAUUCGGAAUUGCAGUUCCAUCUCCGCCAAGCCGUCUUCUGAGCUCCGGAAAAAGAAGGGCUCCUUAGACAGCUCCAAGCCAGAGGACAAGAAGCUCCGAGCUCUUCGCCAGCUCUUCUCCAAGCCCGGGAUUGGAAUCGACGCUUACGUUAUCCCUUCUCAGGAUGCUCACCAGAGUGAAUUCAUUGCCGAGUGUUAUAUGCGGAGAGGGUUUAUCUCUGGGUUUACCGGAAGCGCGGGGACUGCUGUGGUUACUAAGGACAAGGCAGCUCUUUGGACGGAUGGCCGUUAUUUUCUCCAGGGUGAGAAGCAGUUGAAUUCUAGUUGGAUUCUGAUGCGGUCCGGGAAUCUUGGAGUUCCAACAGCUAGUGAAUGGUUGAAUGAUGUCUUGGCUCCUGGAGCCAAAGUUGGCAUUGAUCCUGUGAGCAAUUUUGUAUCUGACUUCGAUGAAACUGAACAGUUCCUUUUCUCUUUUGAUGCUGCUGAGGAAUUGAAGGAAGACAUAGCGAGGAAGGAUCACGAACUAGUCUACUUGUAUGAUGUGAACCUUGUGGAUGAGAUAUGGAAAGAAUCGAGGCCAGGUCCUCCAAAUUCGCCUAUCAGGGUGCAUGAACUGAAAUAUGCUGGCGUCGAUGUUGUGUCGAAGUUAUCUUUUCUCAGGUCUCAGCUUGUUGAUGCUGGUUGUUCAGCGAUUGUUGUUUCGAUGCUUGAUGAAAUUGCUUGGCUCCUGAACUUGCGAGGCGGCGAUGUUCCCAAUUCUCCUGUUAUGUAUGCAUAUUUGGUGGUCACGAUGGAUGAUACCAAAUUGUUUGUUGAUAGUUCAAAAGUCACUCCAGAGGUCUCACACCAUUUGAAGAAUGGAGGUGUCGAGUUGAGGCCAUAUGGCUCCAUUCUUUCUGAGAUUGAGAGUUUGGCGUUGAAGGGUACUGAACUAUGGUUGGAUCCAUCUUCUAUUAAUGCUGCCAUAGCGAAUACCUACAAGGCUGCUGGUGACAAACACUUGGAAAGCCUUGGAAGUGAAGAUAACAGCAAGAGUAAGAAUCCUAAAGUAUCUAAUGGCUCCAGUGGUCAAUCUUGGGGACCAUGUGGAGUUUAUAGGGCAUCCCCUAUCUCUUUGGCAAAAGCUGUGAAAAAUCCUUACGAGUUAGAAGGCAUGCGAAAUGCUCACCUGAGAGAUGCAGCUGCCUUAGCACAGUUUUGGACUUGGCUCGAGGAUGAAAUUCACAAGGGUGCAAAGCUAACAGAAGUUGAUGUUUCUGAUAAACUGCUUGAAUUUCGUCAACAACAGGAUGGAUUCAUCGACACUAGCUUUGAUACAAUAAGUGGUUCUGGUGCAAAUGGCGCAAUCAUACACUACAGACCUGAACCAGGGAAUUGUAGCAUUGUGGAUUCAAAGAAGCUCUUUUUAUUAGACAGUGGAGCUCAAUACGUUGAUGGAACCACAGACAUAACAAGGACAGUGCACUUUGGCGAACCAACUGCACAUGAAAAGGAAUGCUUCACCCGGGUUUUACAGGGCCAUAUUGCACUGGAUGAAGCAGUAUUCCCUGCAACUACCGUUGGCUUUGUACUGGAUGCGUUUGCACGUUCCUUUCUAUGGAAAAUCGGCCUUGAUUACCGCCACGGGACGGGACAUGGCGUGGGAGCUGCUCUGAAUGUUCACGAAGGCCCUCAAAGUAUCAGCUUCCGAUAUGGGAACACGACUCCCUUGCAGAAGGGCAUGAUAGUCAGCAACGAGCCUGGAUACUACGAAGAUCAUGCUUUUGGAAUCCGAAUUGAGAAUCUCCUUCAUGUGAAAGAGGCAAACACUAAAUACCGUUUUGGGGGAAUAGGCUAUCUGGCUUUUGAGAAACUCACGUUCGUCCCCAUUCAGAAAAAAAUGGUGGAAGUAUCGUUGCUAUCUGAUGCAGAGAUUGAUUGGCUUAACGAUUACCAUUCACAAGUCUGGGAGAAGGUGUCUCCUCUGGUUGAAGGUUCUGCUUCACAAUGGCUUUGGGACAACACGCGACCGCUGGUCCGGCAGUGAUUAAGCUCCUCGGCUUCAGAUUCUCCCUUGUAUUGUAUAGAAGGAGAACCUUGCUCCCCAUUUUCUAUUUUGUUGCACUGUUCACCAUUAUACACACAAUAAUUUGGGUUGAUUGAUAUUGGAUUCCGUGGUCCUACAUUUACCCGGUCUAAUCACGGUUCUGGGAGUUUGUUGGUGGAAACUCGUUUGGACUUUGGACCGAGUUCUUUACUCAUCUCUCCGAUAUCGGGUCGCUGGCAGCGCCGUCGUUCUAAACCAAAAC